GUGGCACCGGCCCGGGUCUGCAGCUCGGCUUGGCUCAAUCUUGCUCUUCGUAGCUGGCUCGCAACGACGAGCUACCGCGACGUGCGAAGCUGUGCCAAGGAGCUCAGUACUUGCACACUCUCUGUGCGCAUCGUUUUUUGCUUCAGACCGCCGUCAAAAGGUCGAGUCAAGACAGCAGUGCCUGUGGCAGCCAGCGCAUCACCGCGUGCGACGCCGUUUCGUCAUGGUCGCCCGCACGAUCGUACUCCUGGCGACCCUCGCGACGCCCUCGGUCGCCGUCGAGCGCCGCUGGGCCCACCAGCUCGGGCACCGCUGGCGCGCGCUGACCAGCUCGACGCCGGCGGCAGCCAGCAUCGACCACGAGUGGCGCGACAGUAGUGGAGCGUGCGCGAUCGAGUUCGCGACGUGCAACGCCCCACAACUGAAAAUCAAUCUGACGGGCUUCGGGAGCGCGAGUAUUGGGCGCCCCGCGACGGAGGCGCUGGGCCACGCCAUCGCCCGCGCGCGCGCCGACGCGGGCUCGGUGGACGCCCUCGUCGACAUGACGGACGCGUCCGCGGCGUCGACGACGUGUAUCCUGGCCUGCCGCCGGUUUUUGUUGAGGCAUGGAUCAUCCCUCGGGCGCGUCGCGGUCGUCGGCAAGGGCCCCCAGCUCUUCUUCAUGCGCCUGUGCACGCGGCUCGCGCGCUUCCGCAAGGUCCGCGUCUUCGGGUCGCAGGCGGCGGCGGACCGGUGGCUGCUGGAGGCUUGACUCCUUCCUCCUCCCGGGGGGUUGUGUAAUGUUGAUUUGUAAUAAGAA